AAUGGUGAUCCGGGACUGCAGCAAAGGAUUCUGGUUUUUAAUUAAGAAAAUGAUGUUCUUUUGAGCCAGAAAUGUCAGUUUCUUAAACAUCACCAUGGCAGCUGGUGGAAGGGAUAUACAGGUGUUCAGCUCAGAUGAUGAAAUUAUACACCCUGUAGAAAAAAGGAAUCGUAAACGAAAAGCUAUACUUAGUUCUGAAGAAGAUGAUGAAGAUAGUAAUUUUGAAGUCAAACCAAGACGAGCUGCCCGACCUUUAAACUGUGAAAGUGAUGAAGAUGAUUCUGUGAAUCUUUUUAAUAAUGAAUCCGAAAAUCAUUUGACAGAGGGAAGAAUGUGUUCUGAAAACCAUGAGAGUAGUACUUCUACAAAUGAUAUGAGUGAUAAUGAACAAGCUGAUAAAUGUGCAAUUUGCCUUAAUAAGUUUUGGGGUCAAGAUAUUGCAACACCAGAAACAUGUGAUCAUAUGUUUUGCUUAGAAUGUUUGUUAGAAUGGGCAAAGAAUGUAAAUACUUGUCCUAUUGAUCGCUUGAGAUUCAAUCUGAUCCUCAUACGCCAUCACAAAGAAGAAAAGAUCAUCAAAAGAAUAUUCAUUAACAAUCCAGAGCUACCAAGGUUUACAGAAUUUGAAUGGGAGUUCAAUCCUCAAACACGGCAUGUUUCAUGUGAAUUGUGUGGAGAACAGGAAAGUGAUUCUUUAGCACUAUUGGUUUGUCAAGAAUGUCAUAAAGUCUAUCACUCAGAAUGUUUAAUUCCGCCUGUGCAUACACCCAUGGAUUCUUGGCUUUGUCCAUCUUGUGCAGACUAUGUGCAAGCUAGAGAUAAAUUCUUACAUGAUGUUCAUCGUGUGCUUCGUGGGAUCAAACAGCGAUUCCGAGACUUGCGCUCUCUAAAUGGUGGUAGCAGCUCUUAUUCAUCAGGAAGUCCUUCAGUGCGUAUGUCAACUCAACACUCCCAUAGAGAUGCUUGGAAUUUGCGUCAGAGAGCCAUGUUUACUAGAAGAAGAGUUUUGUCAUCUUCAGAUUCCUCGGAAGAAGAGACUGAACAUAAUUCUUCCCAUGCUGCAACAAGGCUUUUGCAGACCAAUUCUUCUUCAGCAGUUAAAACACGGUACUCUGUUCUGGAUGGACGAAGGCGAGAAAUCUGUUGCUCCAGAAACCCGACUCUUGUUUCUUCCACUGCUUCUGCUACAGCUAAUUCAAGCUUGUACUCAUAUGAUUCUGAUGAUGGCUUGAAUGAUUAUAGUUACCAAAAUGAUGGAAAUGUACUUUCACGCUCUGGAAUCAGCAGAAGGCAGGCUGCUCUCAAGAGAUUUAGUGCACCUGAUCAAGUAUCGAAUUCUAGGCUCUCUGAUGCUGGACCUGAAAACUUUGAUCUUGUUGGUUCAAUAUUACAAAGUCAAACAUUACUUCAUCGUCCUGAUGUUUUGACUUUGAAGCGUGAUGGAUCAUUACUUUGUUCUAAAAAGGAGAAUGGCAGCAGCUCUCCUUCUUCCUCAAGUAGUAUGGAAAGUAUUGGACACAAUCAAAAUCCUUUGCAAAUAUCAUCUUUAUUUAGUGAUAAUACUGUAUCCCCAUACACUGAUGAUGUCUGUGGUCAGCAACGACCAUUAAAUCCUACUCAGAAUAGUGCUGUAAAAUAUAGUGGUACUCCUAGACAGAAUUACAGUUGUAGCUCUACAACAUCGUCAGUUGAAAGAUCUCCCAGCUAUGAUACUAAUAUUUCUACAAAAUCUGCACAUGGAGGACAUGAUAAUGAACAGUAUAAUAAUGAAAAUAGCUCCCCAAUGGCGCACAAAAAUUUCUGCAGCUCUUCAACUCCUGAAGUUAAAAAAACUAUUUCUCCUAACCUUAAAGAUUCUGCUAAAAGUCAGCACAGUGAAGAAGAAGUUGAUAUUUACAGUGAUAUUGAAUCUGUAGGCGAGGAGGAGGGUGAAGUUAAUGAAAGAGAACCAAUGAAAAUAUCUUACAAAUGUGAAGAACUUUCGCUUACAAAUGCCGGUGAUGGGAGCGAUUCUAGUGACAAUGAGCUGGUCAUCGAUGAAAGUACCCCUGUUGAAGAUGAAAAUGAGGGCCAUAAAGCUCAUCUGUCAACUUUGAACUCAAAAAAUAAUCUUUCAGAAAAUAAAUUUUCAAUAGCUCAAAGUGAUGAAAGUAAUGUGAGCAGUACGGCAUUGUCUGACCAAGAUCAACAGAUUACUGACAAUAGCCAUCAGUCUCCUAGCUGCUCCUAUGUUGGUGGUGGUUGUGAUACAAAACAUCGUAUUGUGGAUAAAAUGUCUGAGCAUAAUAUUUUAAAUAAGGAAGUUGUUUCCAAUAGUGAAAAAAAUACACACAGAGACCAUAACGCCCAAAAUAGUGAUAUUGAUAUUCAACAAGAUGAAAAUUCUGAAGAUACUGCAGGAAAUGUUUAUAGUGCAUCUUCAUCUCCUAAGCAAUUAAUACAAGAUUUUAGAACUGUCAGUUUGGAAACUUACUCUAAUGCAUCUGAAGAGAAGGAAGAAAAUCUUAAAAAUGGAAUUUUGAAUGGAAACGAAAGUACAUUAGAUUCUUUGUCGCAGCCCGAAGGAAACGAGAAAUACACUACUGAAAGCAAUUCACUUUUAAGCUGUGAAAGUGAUGUUCAGAAUAAUGAGAUUAGUGAAUCAGAAGAUGUUCAAAAUAUGGAUGUGAGUGAACCUGAAGAAAUCGAAAAUGAAGUUACCAGUGAACCAGAGGACACUCAAAAUGCUGAUGAAAGUGAACCAGAAGAUGCUCGCGAUGCUGAUGUAAGUGAAUCUGAAGAUAUUCUAAAUGCAGAUGCAAGUGGGCCAGAAGACACCCAAAAUGCUGAAAUGAGUGAGUCGGAAGAUACACAGAAUUCUACCAGAAAUGACUCUGAAUAUCCUCAAAAUGAUACAGAAGGCAGUGAGCCUGAAGAUACCCAUAAUGUUAACACCAGUGAGCCUGAAGAUGUUCAAAAUGCAAAUGAAAGUGAACCAGAAGAUAUUCAGGAUGAAAGUGAAUCAGAAGUUGUACAAAAUGCUAGUAUUAGUGAACCUGAAGAUGCACAAAAUAUCGGAAGUGAACCAGAAGAUGCACAUAAUGAAAACACUAGUAAUCUGGAAAAUAACCUCAGCAAUGAAACUAAUGAACGUCAAGUACUAAAUAACACAAAUGAUGUUGCUAAUGAGCCUCAGGUGACUAAUGUUGAAACUUUAUCGAGAGAAGUAAAUCCAUCAGAAUGUAGCAAAAAAUCUGCUAAUACAUCAAGCGAAUUUAAUGAUGAAAAUGUGCAUGCUCCUGAAGAAAAGCUCAAAGAUACUAAAAAUACAGAUUUAGUUGAUAUUUGUAAUGAUAUUUCAAUGAAAUCUGAUGGCCUUGAUGAGGAUGAUUUGGAAAAUGCUGGUACUCCAUGUUUGGAUGAAAACUUUGAAGGACAGAUUGAAAAUUCUCCAAUUUGUAAUGAAAAUUCAGGAAGCUUGUGUGAGUCUGAAGACCAAAAAAAUAAUGAACAUAUUUAUGAGUCUGGAAUGCUAAGCGUAGUUCAAGACACUGGACCAACAAAAGAAACUUUUAAAUCUGCUCAAAUUGCACAUAAAGAGUCUUUAAACGCCGAAAAAGAAAGGCUUGAGCCUGAUGAUGAUUUAGGGGUUGAAGAUAUUUCUGAAGCUGGAAGUGAAGAUUUAGACAAUGAGUUUCCAGAUGAGCAUGAAAAUAUGGAAUCUCAUGAUUCAGUUUUCAAUGAGCCGAAAAGAGAAAGGACCCAUGCUUAUCAUAAAAGUCAUACUUCAUAUGAAGAUGAGCAUGAUGAUAAAAGGAAUCGUCUUACAUCCAGUGAUCGAUACCCUUCUACUUCCCACUCAAAUCAUUCUCUUGAGGAUCAUGAAGAAGGGGAAAUAAUUGAGGAAAGACCUCCACGAAGAUCAGAUAAAAAACGCAGUUCAAAAGUUGUCCGUUAUCGUGAGCAAAGUGAAGAGUAUAGGGAGAGAACUCCAAAAAUAAGCAUAUCAGACUUGCCGCGUAUACCGAAAAUUAAACGCGACAGGGAGAAAAAUAAUGUACCUGAAGAAAUACCAAUUGAAAGUAAACGUACUAGUGUGUUAGGCAGAGUUGAUUUAGGAGGGGAUAUCAGUUGGAAGCGACUGUCAAAACACACUAGAGAAAGGAGUUAUAGAGAUGGCAGGCCUAAAGAUGAGCGACUAUUAUUUAGAGAAAGAGAAUCAUCAAGAAAAAAUGAUAAGAAAAAUAAUGAUAAUGAAUGGAGAAAUGGUAGCAAAAACCGAGAUUCUGAGAGACGGAGAGAUGACAAAAAAUCUGAAAAUGAGAAGCCAAAAUGCGAACAUAUUUCACGUUCUCGUAAAAGUGAAAAGUCUAAAGAAAAAACUAUGGAUUGGAAUUACUCAGAGCGUGAGAAACGGAAAUCGCAUAAAGAUAAACAUUCAAAAGAUAAGCAUAAAGAGAAAAAGGAAAAGCAUGAAAAAAAGCAUUCUAAAAGUGAAGAUAAAUAUGAGAGAGAGAAAACUAAAGAUGAUAGUCGGUAUGAAAGAGAAUUGCGAUAUGAAAAAGAAGAGCAUUUUGAAAGAAUAGUGUAUGAAAAAGGAAAGUUUAAAGAAAAGGAACAUAAAAAUAAGCACAAAGAUCGUAAAAGUGACGGGAAAUCUAAUAAAGAACAUUCUCGUGAGAAACACAAACAUGCACAUGGUAAUGAAUACUUUUCAGAAGGUAAACGAGAAAGGGAAGUGAGAAAAAUAGAUGAUAAGUUAAAAAUUGUUGUCGAACAGAAAGAACGAAAAGAUAAAUCCAGUAAACAUAAAGAUAAAAAAGAAGCAAAACAUGAAAAGAAAUUAAUUCAUCAUCAUGAACAUCGAAAAAAAGAAAUUGAAAGAAGUCCAUAUACAGAAUUAACCUCAAUUGAGUCAAAAGAAAUUUUUGCUAAAGGUGAUAGUAUCAUCAUCAAUGUCAAUUUUAAUCGAGCAUGCUCUCCAAAAGAACCAGUUGAUAACAGUGGUUCAAGUAUAAAAGAUUGGAAAAGCAUAUCAGAUGAAUUUGAUGUCGAAGAUCAGUUAAGUGUUGAUGAGAGCAAAAGUAAACUUUUAUCGGAAAAGGGAAAAAAUUCUUUAGAUGCUUCAGUGAGUAAAAGACCAGCUACACCACCUGAAAGGAAUACCCAAGUUAUGUCUGUUAGUGAAUCUUACUGGCAAGGUGGAGAGGACAGUGAUGUUAAUAAUUCUCCUUUAUCUGAAAAAUCUGCUGAAGAAGGAGUAGCUGCUGAGGAAGAUAAUGAGACAGUAGAAUCAGUUGAUGUUUAUGAAGCUGAAAACUUUUCAAAUAGUAGUACAAGUGUUGAGGUGCUUGAAACACAAGUAUCUCCUAAAGAUGGAGUGGAUGAAACAGAGGAAGUUUCUGAAUGCCCAGAUAAAAACUCUGAUAAACCUUUUACAAAAGAGAAUGAUAACUUCAGUGCUAAGAGAAGAUCUCCACGAUCACCAUCUCCACCGUCUCCUGCUGAUAAUGACAGCUAUGAUCCUUGUGAACCAACCAGAAGUCCUUCACCUCCUCCAAUGCCUCCUGCACCACCUUUACCUGCAGCAGCACCUAAGCCUCCUCCAUCACCUGAGCUGCCACCAUUGCCACCAGAUCCUGAGCCUAUAGAUACUAUUCGUGAAGACCCACGGUCUCAUAAGCAGUGUUCCAGUUCAGACUUUAUAAGCAGCUCAACUGUAGUGCCUAGUUCUUCUCAGCCAACCACUGUACUUAGUCAAACAUCUAUCGCAAAUUCUUUAUCCAUGCCGAAUAUGCUGUUGCCGCCUCCAACAUUUCUUACACAUGCUUCAUCUACUACAAAUACUUUGCCUACCAUAUCACCUCUCAUUCCUCCUAGAAAUUUUGGUUUUCAAGUUAACAAUCAUGGAGCUCUUCUGUUCCCUCCAAACCAUGUGCAACAAAAUAUUCCGAACUCCUUUGUGCCAACUCAGAUGCAUGCAGGAACUAGUUUACCACCUCCACCUAAUCCACCAAGCCUUCCACAUAUGGGCUCUGUUCCACCACCCCCUCCCCCACCCAGUGCAAUGGCCUUAAUAUCACAAGUAAGGCAUCCACAGAUAAAUGUUCAGCCAACUUUGCCUCCUAGUUCAUUGUUGCAAAGUAUAACUUUAGGUCAUACAGUCAAUAUGGCGCAAAUGCAAUUGACACAGUUGCACCAUUUAACUCCUAGCUUACAUAGUUCUAUUUCCAAUCAUCAGUCAUCAAUGAUAAUGCCCGCAGUCAGUCAACCUGGGAGUCUUCCUGUCUCCAUUCAGCAAACACAACAAGGUGCUAGAAUUGUUAUAGCUCAAAAUCAAAUACCUAACCACACAGCAAAUGUGCAAAAUCAAAAUAACAAUAAUUCUCAGAUUCAUCCUGUUAAUUCACUUUCUCUUCAUCCUCAAACUAUUUCAAACAAUUUGCAGCAAAAAUCUGAUAAAGUUUCUAAGCAUUCACCACCAAAUGAAAAAACUGAAGUAGUAGACAUGGAAGUUGAUUCCCCAUAUUCACCAGGAGAUUCACCAUCAAUGGACAGUGUAGGAGAUUACUCUCCAACAAGUUCUCCUCUUCCUUCUUCUCCUAAAACAAAGGACGUAUUUGAUAGCUUACUACCUUUAGAUCAAUGGACUUUUGAGAAACAAACUCAAGAUGGUAGAACAGAAAAAUCAAAACGUUCAGGUUCUAAGCAUGACACACCGUCAAAACGAAUGAAGCGUGAACAUAAAGAAUCUGGCAAAGUUCGUCACUCCAUCAGGUUACAAGUUUCAGAUAAAAUGAAAAACUCUCGUAAAGAACAGAAACUAUCAGAGAAAAAAGAAACUCUUAUGAAAUUAGAUGAUUCUCAACUAAAAAUUUUAGAUGAGCUUCCUAGUUCUGCUGUUGAAAUGCAAGUAAAAGAAAAGUAUUUGAAGAAGUUGAAUCGACAGGAGAGAGUUGUGGAAGAAGUGAAACUUGCCCUAAAACCUUACUACAAAUCUCGAGAUGUUAGCAAAGAAGAAUACAAAGAUAUUCUACGGAAAUCUGUACCAAAAAUCUGUCACAAUAAAUCUGGUGAAAUAAAUCCUGUUAAAGUGAAAUCCUUAGUAGAAAGUUAUGUUAAGAAAGUGAAACAUUCAAGAAAGAAAGCUGAAAAAAGGAAGUCUUCAAAAUUCUCGUGAUAAAAAAUUGUGUAUAAUAUUUUAAAUAUAUUUUAAUUCUGUGUGCAGGACUUCAUUGACAUUUGUAAGCAUUUGCACAGUGGUAUAGCAAGCAUUUAUGAAACUAUUGUAUAGAUUCAAAAUUGGUUAUGAAAGGCAUGAAUGGUUAUGUGUCCCGAGAGUGUACAAGGGAAGAAGAGUGCUGUUUAUUGUAAACUGCUUUCCAUUAGCCAAUUCAUUAAAAGAAAAAAGAAAAGCUUUAAAUCAAACUUUUAAUGAGUUUGUUUUAAGAGUAUACUAACUUUUACAAUUUCUGAUAUUUGGUUAAUGGAUUAAGAAGGGAAUGAGAGACAUUGAGAGGAAGCAUCAUCUGUAAUAGUUCUGUAAAAAUAUUGUAAAUAAAGAAACACAAAUUAGUUAUUGUCUAUUAUAACUCUGAAGUAAACUUUGCAUAAAUGUGUUGUUUUUGUUGCAUUGUACAUUGAAACAUGUACUGAGUAGAGAAACUUAAAUUCAUCAGAUAAUAAAAUCAUUUUUAUUGUAUGUAAUAAAAUUAUUUGAGAUCUGUAGUUGAAGUGGAGGUAUAUUUAACAAAUAUAUGCUUAUAUAUUUAAAACUAUGCACCACUCUUUUUAAAUCUGGCAAUAAAAAGAGUUAAAUCUCAGUUUUUUUUUGCUAAUUAAUUUUGUUUUAAUCUUAAUUUAAUAAAAUUGUGCAUGAAAAUACUUACAUUUGUCUGAUUUUAAGUAUUAAUGUACUUUGGAAUUAGCCACUCUCUCCUCUUUCUUUAUCUGUUAUAUUAAAGUAAGUAAAAAUAAUUUAUUAUCAAUUGGUAUUAUGAAAUGUAUGAACUGUUUUACUGAAUAUCAUGGUUCAGUUUAAUUUUUUUUAAUAAUAAUUUAAUACUUCAAAGUAUUUUUUCUACUAAACUUGUUUUGUUUUGGAAGGGGGGGAAGGAGGUAAUGGAUAUAUUGUUUGUUCAAACACAAAAUGUGCAGAAGUUUUUUUAGAUUAUUUUUUGUGCAUAUGUAAAUAAGAACUAUGCUUAUCUAUUAAGUUAUGAUUUAGUUAUCUUUUGCUGUUUGCUUUUAAUAAAUAUUUAAACAAAGCUUGCAUGUAAAAUAGAUUUUAUGUUAAAGUUUUAUUAAUAAACAGCUAAAUUAUUUUGUAUUAGUAAUACGAUUUUACAUUCAGAACUGAAUAUGAAAUGAUUAUGUGUAAGAAUCAUCACAAAAUAAAUCAUUUGUUACUUCAUUAGCAAUAGGAUGAACUUAAAAUUUCUUUUGAACUUCAAGAUAUUUUUUGUUCACAUUACCUGGUAUAUUUUCAUAAGUUAAAUACAUAUAAGACUAUUAAUCAUUUGGUAUGAUUUUAUUAGUGUUACUGAUUCCACAAAGUUUUAUUAUUGUUGUUAUUUUUAGUUUAAAGUAAGUGGUUUAGUUUCAGUUGUAAGGUAUACGGAGUGUUACCUUUAAAUACUUGACUUAUCAUUUUUGAUGCAUAUAAUUUUAAAUAGUAUGCUUUGUUUUGACAGUUACUUGUCUAAAUUUUAUAAAGUUAAUUUAAAAGAUAAGCACUAAAGUAGGUACUUCCAAAGUGUAGUAUCAAGAAUUUUAUUUCAUCACAAAUAUCAUGCAUUUUGUUUAUGAGAGAUCUGGUCAUUUCUCAAUUUAAACUUUGAAUGAUAUAAUACAUGUGCUUGCUCUCUAAUGAAAAAUAAUUAGUCAUUACUUUUUCUUUUAAGUAGUGGUUUAUAGGUUUUGAAAUUUUUAUAUAAUAUUUUUUCUUAGAAAUUUAAUAGUAUAUAUUUUAUAUAAUCAUCUGAAUAACAUAUUUUUUUAUAAUAUUUUCAAAAUUUAAAAGCAAUUUUAAAAUUUCUUUCCCCAAAAUGUAAAAAAAUUUAAAAACUUAUCUUUCUGAACACAUGCUGUAUUAUUUCAAAAUGUGUAAAAUCUAUAUUGUGUGUUUCUUUUUUUUCCCCAAUAUUUGAUCCUUUCUUUUUACUGCACAUUCUUCAUAUUUGUUUUAAAUACACAGAUAAAUAACUGACUUUUGUUCCCUAAAUUUGCUGUUGUGUUACCCAACUAAGGUUUUCAGUAAAUCAAUUUAAUUUUGCUUUAGUAAUGUAAUUAUUUUGGAAAUGCUAAAUUUAAAAAUCAUGCAAUGCACAAUGUAUUGUCAUUAAUCAUUCAAGUGUAAUUCUAUAUAUUUUAAUAAACAUUUCAUGUGUAAGCUUUUAAUAAUUAUGAGAUACUUUCUUAAAAAUGAAACUUUUGCAUAAAAUUUAUUGUAGCUG